AUGUCGCAAGCAACGAGCCAGUAUGUGUACACAUUCUAUGAUGUAUCAAGCUCUUCACCUAACACCACGAAAAGACCCCCACCUGUUCGAGCAUGUCUCUUUGACAUGGACGGUCUCUUGAUCGAUUCUGAGGAUCUGUACACAGUAUGCACUAACGAGACUCUACGCAAGUACGGCAAGCCCGAUCUGCCAUGGAACAUCAAGGCUCAACUGCAAGGACGUCCCGGCCCUGAGAUUUUCCACGACUGGGCCCAACUACCCAUCACCCGCGAAGACUUCCUCCAACAGACAUCGCUGCUGCAACAAAAGUACUUUCCCUCCACACAACCGCUACCCGGCGUCCGCGAUCUACUCAAGACUCUCAAUGCCAAUCCAAACGUCCACAUUGCACUCGCCACUUCCUCCAACAAGAACAACUUUGGUCUCAAGACCGGCCACCUAGAAGACAUGUUCAGCGUCUUUGAACAACAGCACCGUGUACUCGGCGACGACCCACGAAUCCCAGCUGGCAAGGGCAAACCCGCGCCAGACAUCUACCUUCUCGCUCUCGAGACCAUCAACGCACGCAUCCGCAAGGAAGGAAAAGAGAAGGAGAUUACACCUGCUGAGUGCUUGGUUUUCGAGGACAGUGUGCCUGGUGUGGAGUCUGGAAGAAGAGCCGGUAUGCAAGUGGUCUGGUGUCCACACCCUGGCUUGCUGAACGAGUACAAGGGAAGAGAAGACGAUGUCCUGGCUGGCACCAGCAUCAUGAAGCAGUACGGCGUCAGCAGUGGAGGCAGUGAAGUGCCUGGUAAGGUUGGAGAUGGAUGGGCGAGACUACACUUGACUCUCGAGAACUUCCCCUACAAAAGCUACGGUAUGGAGGCAUAG